AAGAAACAAAGGUAGAAAGGAAUGAGAGCGCCGAUUCCUCCCUAUCCGCGCCUCCGUUGUCUCAGGGCCGGACCAACCUGGGUUGUCUCUCGUACUCCGGCAGUCCCAAGAAAAGAAAGGUUCCUCUAUCGCCGGAUUUGAUUUCUAGGUGUUUCUGCAGCAUCUCCCACAGCAACAAGUAUAGCUAGUGGUGUUCUCUGGUUGUGAAGUCGUCGUCGUCUUAUUGAAGUUUAGAUUUUUGGUAUCGUUUGAGGCUGGAGACAUGAGCUCGAUGUUGGCGCCUACAUCUUGGUAUUGUGUUCUUGAUCGGGUCUCUUAUCGGUCUGAUUUGCAUCUCUCGGUGUCAAAUUACGUUUGAGGUAUCAUCUGGAGCAGUUUCAGCACCCAUGUCAAUCAUUUAAAUCGUUUCUCUUAAAUUGAUUUCGUAUGGAAUUUAGAUUGGAAGGAGGAGGAGACACUUCGUAGAAAUUAUAAGCUUUAUAAGCUCAGGUAGAGGACUGGUAGUGUUGCAAAGGGUCGAUGCCGAAUGAUGAGGGUGGUAUAGCAGAGCAGAAAAGAUGUGAGGGUGUUUCUGAACCCGUUUUAGAUUCAACCCCGACCCGUAAUGGGGACGAGAUAAGAGGGGCAGUUAUAGUUUCACAGGAAGACCCUGUGGAUGGGUCCAUGCCUCCUCUGGCGCUUAGCAUCACUAUUUUCCAGCCCGAAGAAGUCUCCAAACCCAACAUGAGUGCCUCAAAGAGCACAGCUUCUGAGGGAGGUGAGAAGAUUUCUGGGAUGGCUGCCUUAAAGAAGGGUUUUUUAUCAAGGAGUGGGAGCUAUCAGGAGCAGUGCAGAGUUUGUCAGCAGGAAACUGAAGAACCUCUGAUUGAUCUUGGGUGCAGAUGCCGAGGUGAUCUUGCUAAAGCUCACCGCUCUUGUAUUGAUACCUGGUUCCUUACUAAGGGUUCAAAUAAAUGCGAGAUAUGCCAGCAGAUAGCUGCAAAUGUGCCAUUUCCUGAAUCAAGACCAAGUGUAAAUAACUGUCUCUGGAGGAUCAACUCACCCUACGUCAUGGGACAAGAACACGAAAGGGGAUGCUUUAACCCACUUUGGGUUGCAUUUGCCAUUUUAAUUGGAGGACUCUUGUUGGAUGUGCUAGUCUCAGUUUCUCUUGGUGUUUCUGCACUGCCUGCGAACAUCAUAAUUGGUGUUCUUAUCGUACUUGGAUUAGGCACUUCUUUUCGGCUUGCACUGGAAUGCUGUCAAGGCCAGGGUGCAAGAAGAAAUCUGCAGACGACGAAUGUGACCUUCAAUCCUGGGUACCAUCCAACAGUGUAAGAGUUGUUACAGUGUAGAGUUGUUACAUCCAAGAAGUAUAGUUUGCGUGCCACUGGCUGUCUUUCCUUUUUAGUCAUCUGUUCAUAUUGUGUCUCAAAUUUCAUUUUCUACAGGAAAACACCUUGUUAAUCAACUUGUAUAUUUUGUGCAAUAAUUUGAACGAAUCUUUCUGGUUGAUGCUUAUGCAUGUAUAGUGUAUGUUUAAUAGUUAUCUGCUUCAUUGUUCCUGUCAA